UCCAUCCAGGAUCGAUUUUGGAGGAAAACAAGGUCAAGGAACUCAAGGUUCCGCUGCCGUGGAGUAGAUGCCAAUCGAAACUGGAGGGUGAAAUGGUGCAAUGAAGGAGCUUCCAUGUACCCUUGUGACGAUACGUACUGUGGACCUUUCCCAGAAUCUGAGCCGGAAGUGAAAGCUGUAGCUAACUUCCUCCGAAAACACAGGAAGCACAUCACAGCUUACCUCUCUUUUCAUGCAUAUGCUCAGAUGUUGCUGUAUCCCUAUUCUUACAAAUAUGCAACAAUCCCCAAUUUUAGCUGCGUGGAAUCUGCAGCUUAUAACGCUGUGAACGCACUUCGGUCGGUUUACGGGGUACAGUAUCGCUAUGGGCCUGCCUCCAGCACAUUGUAUGUGAGCUCUGGUAGCUCAAUGGAUUGGGCCUACAAAAAUGGAAUACCCUAUACAUUUGCUUUUGAACUACGUGACACGGGGCAUUUUGGUUUUUUACUCCCAGAGAUGCUCAUCAAACCCACCUGUAUAGAGACCAUGCUGGCUGUGAAGAACAUUACAAUGCACCUACUAAAAAAGUGUCCCUGAGAUGCCCUAAGGGGCAGGCCAACCACCAGAGAGGGCUGAUUCUGCACGAGAGCUACUUGGCAGUGGAUGUAAAUUGUUUUUAAAGAGAAGGGCAACUGCUGAGAAGGAACUUAUCUGUGGACUUUAAAAGGACUUUGUCAUGCAAUUCAACUCUGUGCCAAUAAAAAAUGGUGGAAGAAAAAAAAAAAGAGCAUAGCCUAGGUUGUUAUUAGAGAAGGCAUCCAUUUUCUAUCCCUUUAGAGUCUCAUUUGAUUAAGCAGGAAGGGGAUAUUUUCUAAUUCUUUUAUCUCAAGAAAUGUACAAAUGGAGGAUUCCACUUUAAGAAAUCUCAUGUUCUCAAAUAUAUGUGGU